CGGAUUUUCGGAUUACAAAAAAAAAUUUCCAAAAAUAUUCAAUUUAAUAAUUAUGCUUUGUGUGCUGAUGUUCGUUUCUUGUGUACAACAGAAUCUUCAUAUUGGAUCGGCAUAACAAAACAUCAAUUGAAAACCCUGAGAUUAGCUUUAUCCUACGUAAUCCGGCGUUUUAUAGUCUAGAUUUGUAUCUCCUCUCGAGAAUAACCUAAGACCGUUGUGAGGUUUUUUAAGAAAUGGCGCUUAAAAUGUGGAUUGUAGAAGUUUUUAAUGUGAAUGAAAACGACCAAACAGUUCCAAAAUAUAAUAGGAAAGUAAAAUUGAGAGCAGACUAUGACCCACAGGGUAUUAGCAUAAGAAUUUUGGAAAUUGAUGAAUCAAAUCAGCUACUAGAGUUUCCUGUGGAGUCAACUACUGAGUGUUGUAGAGUUGGUUCAUCUUCCUAUUUAUUUACUAUUGAUAAUGAUUCAUUAUUAGUUCGAUUUGGUAGUAAAGAAGAAGCUAGGCAGUUCAUAGUAGAAAUUGCAAAAGUUAAAUCUGGAAGAGAUGCCUCUGUAUUUUCUGUAAGAACUGAAGAUUCAUCUGCAACCCAGUAUUUCCAGUUUUAUGGUUAUUUGUCACAGCAACAAAACAUGCUUCAAGACUUUGUUAGAACUUAUACCUAUCAAAGAGCAAUAUUGUGUAAUUUAGAGGACUUCAAAGAUAAAAUAGUGUUAGAUGUUGGUGCAGGCUCUGGAAUCCUAUCCUUUUUUGCAGCACAAGCAGGUGCCAAGCGAAUUUAUGCUGUAGAAGCCUCAACUAUGGCUCAUUAUGCACAGAAAUUAGUAGAAGCCAAUAAUCUAUCCACUUCCAUAAAAGUGAUACCAGGAAAAAUUGAAGAAAUUGAAUUGCCUGAGAAGGUUGAUGUCAUCAUAUCUGAACCAAUGGGUUAUAUGUUAUACAAUGAAAGAAUGUUAGAAUCUUACUUGAAUGCAAAAAAGUGGCUGAGCCCUUGUGGGAAAAUGUAUCCUUCAAGAGGAGAUUUACAUGUAGCCCCCUUUACUGAUGAUGCACUUUACAUGGAACAAUAUAGCAAAGCUAACUUUUGGUUUCAAACCUGUUUCCAUGGUGUGAAUUUGUCUGCCCUACAGAACUGUGCUGUGAAAGAAUACUUUCGGCAACCUAUAGUGGACACCUUUGAUGUUAGAAUAUGUAUGAGUAAAUCUAUAAGGCAUGUAGUGGAUUUCUUGGAAGCAGAAGAAACAGACCUUCACACUAUUGAUAUUCCUUUGGAGUUUCAUAUUCUAGAGUCUGGCACAUGCCAUGGAUUGGCUUUUUGGUUUGAUGUUGCCUUUGCUGGUUCACAACAGACCAUCUGGUUGAGUACAGCACCUACAGAACCAUUGACCCAUUGGUACCAAGUUAGGUGUUUGCUGGAGCAGCCUCUUCUGUUGAAACAGGGGCAAGUACUGACUGGUAGGGUAUUGCUGGAAGCUAAUAAAAGACAGAGUUAUGAUGUGACAAUGGAGUUGACAGUGGAGGGUACCACACAGACGUCCAAGAACACUUUGGAUCUGAAAAAUCCUUACUUCAGGUAUACAGGAGCGCCGGUCCAACCUCCGCCAGGGGUGGCGAAUGUGUCGCCUAGCGAGAGUUACUGGAGCCAAUUGGACGCACAAGGCGUUCGCAAUGCCGUCAACAUGGUGAACGGCAUGUCCGUGAACGGGCUCGGCGAAGUGUCCAUGGACACGACGCAGACCUUGCUGAACAACAAUCUGAUGGCCAGCAAUCUCAUCGCUUUGGUGGACCCGCAGCACAUGGCAGACGCCGCCCAACCCAACAUCCACCCAGGCUGCAUCUCGAGCACGGGCCGCGGUCGACUCGCCAAUGCCGCCGCCCUCGCUAGCCCCACCUCCACGCAUACCGCCCAGCUGAUAGGCGGCGCCAUCUCGCCCUCGCUCUUCACCUCGCCCGCCCCCCACCACAACCUGCCGCCUCACGCGCCGCAACCUGUCGUCAUGGCCAACUAUCCGAUCAGCGCCAGCCUGAUGAUCGGGGACUACGUGAAGCCGACGCCGGCUAAUGGCGUUUAUAGACAGUAGAUGGCGUUGGGAUUGGUUGGUUAGUGUGAGGGUUUCGUUUUUCGGGGUUAUUUAUUUGACUACUUACACCCAUGGUGGAAUUAGUAUGGUGUGCUACGACGCAUCUUCGUAUACGUCACUGGGAGUAAAACAAUUGCUAGUAGUCUGAGCUCACAGUUAUCAGUUCGCCCGAGUCGCUGUGAUCAUUUUGGUGCGAGU